AUACUUGUAACUCACCUCAUGAAGCUUUAAAGUGAUAUUUUAAUUUUUUCACAGCAUGUCCUUAAAGUCCUUGUAGAACCAUCGAACACAUUACUUUGGCUUAGAAUAGACUCGAUAACAAACGUUUAAGUUUACCGCCUCAAUGUGAGCUGCCCUUGGCAUUUCGGUUUUCUGACUCUGAAAAUGCGUCAAAAUUUGAAAAAUAAUUUGCUCAAAGAGAAAAACAAAACGAAAAAAUAAAAAUAUUUUCAUUUUAACGAUUGAAAAAAAUAUAUAAGUAGAAACUAAAUUAAAAACGAUAAAUGAUUCAUCAUUUUUAGUUUGGCACGAUGGACAGCUAAUAUUUUUGCGUGCGUGGGUCCUCGUAAAAAGGGUGCGUUUACUCUGACGUCACAGCAUUUUCCCCGACUCGACCAAGCUUUUAUACAUCAACAUCAUGUUUCAUGGGAUACCAGGUACAGGAGGAAUAGGUGGAGCUCCAGCCAAUAAACCUGAGCUGUAUGAGGAAGUGAAGCUAUACAAAAAUGCCAGGGAAAGAGAAAAGUACGACAACAUGGCAGAGUUGUUUGCUGUUGUAAAGACUCUGCAGGCCCUGGAAAAGGCUUACAUCAAAGACUGCGUAACACCCAAUGAGUACACUGGCUCCUGUUCAAGACUCUUGGUUCAGUAUAAAGCUGCUUUCAAGCAGGUGCAGGGAUCCGAUGUGGGCUCCAUUGAUGAUUUUUGCAGGAAGUACAGACUCGACUGUCCACUUGCAAUGGAGAGGAUCAAGGAGGAUCGGCCUAUCACCAUCAAGGAUGACAAGGGCAACCUCAAUCGCUGCAUUGCAGAUAUAGUCUCUCUUUUCAUCACUGUUAUGGACAAACUCAGACUGGAGAUCAGAGCCAUGGAUGAAAUUCAACCAGACCUGAGAGAGCUGAUGGAAACCAUGAAUAGAAUGAGCAACAUGCCUCCAGACUCAGAGGCUAAGGACAAAGUCAAUCUGUGGCUGACCACACUCAGCAGCAUGUCUGCCUCAGAUGAGCUGGAUGAUAAUCAGGUUCGCCAGAUGCUGUUCGAUCUGGAGUCGGCCUACAAUGCCUUCAACCGCUUCCUGCACUCUUCCUAAAAUAGUCUGUCAUUUCUCUGUGUGUUUUUAGUUAAGAUGCUACUCUCCUGAUUGUUUUAGCACACAGAAGUAAAUCCCUGGACAGGUUUCCAAUCUCAUAUCCCUUCAAUUUAAUUUUGAUUUUUUUUUUGUUUCACACCAUCUUUUGGAGUUGUUAGUCCAGUUUUAUUUCCCAGCUCCACUCCUUUGUAUAUCAUAAACAUUCAACCUGCUGUCUUAGUUGAUUUGUCCUUUACUGUAAACUGCUCUUUUGGCCUUGUGUUUUUUUUACAUACCUAAAUGUGUAAAAAAUACUUCUGUGGCUUUAUUCUGGCUUCAACCGAACAGUUUACUCUUAACUUUGUACAUAUGAUUAAAAAGGGUCUAAUUUUAUAGCUGUUUGGCAGAGUAUCAUUAAAAAAACCAUUUAAAGUGUACCACCGGAGAAAACAGCCAAAGCCUUUGAUUCCCUAAUGUGUUGCUUGUGUUUGAUUUCCCCUAAUGCUUGUACUGUAGAGUUCUGUUGUAGUGGAUGGAUGAAAGGAAAUGGGUUUAGGUACAGCAGAUAUGAAAAAUCACUCGAAGGACUAAUUGAUCCGCUCUUCUCAUUAGUGAUAAUCUUGAAGCUCAGGUGAAGGAAUGGUUCACAUUGAUCACUUGUUUUUUCUCUUUUCUGUUCUUAAACAUGUUUAAUCCGUGUUUUCUUUAGAAUUGAGGGUUCAAACACACAAAUUAGCAAAUACUAAGGUGAAAGAACUUCUUAUUUAUUGUGCUUGAUAAAUGUGUUUUAGCCCUCAAAUGAAAGUAGGGAGAACAUAUUUAUUAAGAUUCAUCAUUGUAAAUAAUAGUAAUGCCUUUUAAAUAAAAGCAUGUAACACCUUUUAGAAAUAAAUGUCUGAAAACAAAAA